UCCAGCGCAAGAGGGUUAGAGGCGGACCAACCAUUAUCCCAGGCUAAAGGAUUGCCAGCUGUCCAAGCUAAAUCGUCAGCUGCAUAUCCAUUGUAAGGUCCCAAACAUUGUGCAGAAAAACCCUAAAAUAUUAAAAAAAUAUAUAGUUAUUUAGUACAAACAGUAAGUUACUUUAUUAAUUUAUAAGGAAAGAGUGAAUUCUGACCUGAAUUAAAAGGGCCUGAAGACAAACGAACAGCGUUCUCUUGAACAUAUUUCGCUUCAACACAAUGAAAGUGAGAAUAAUUUAUUUUAAUUAAUAUUGUUUUUUUAUACUAACUCGUUACCAAAUAGCAUACGUAAUAUUGUGAAAAUUUUGUAAUUGAUAAAAUGCGCUUUCAAAUAGAUACCUAAUUCUUUUAGUUACGUAACAAUAGUGGCCUAACGCACGCCUUAUAAAUACAUAUUAGAUUUUUUAUAUUACACUGUGGACUCCUACUUGACAAACCAACAUGUCACUCUUCAGCCUGCUCCUCAUAUGCAUCCAAGCUUGCUUGGUACAGAAUGUGUUCAGCCAAUGCCUCGGCGCUGGUCCUCUCGCUAACGGCUUAGGUCUGGGCUACGGAGCAGGGCUCGGUCCAUACGCUGCGGGUUUGGGCCAGGUUGAGGCUCUAGCUGGUCCCUAUGGUGCUGGUUUGGGUCUCGGUGCAGGUCCAGCGCUCGUUCCUGAGUUGGUUGCUCCAGGUGUGUCACCCUUCGGCUUGGACGCUCUUGCUGGCGCUUACGGAGGUGCUGGUAUAGGUGAUAUAGCAGUCGCUGGUGAGAUGCCCGUCGCUGGAACCACCCUCGUCACUGGACAGGUGCCCAUACUCGGAGCUGUUCGCUUCGCUGGUGACCUGCCGGCCGCUGGCACAGUCUCCAUCGCUGGCAGCUGCGGAUGUGGCGGAUCUUACAUCUACUGAUCAUGAUUGAGAUGGUUUCAAUAAA